AUGACCACUCAUCUCACAUCCUACUCCAACCCCAACCAAAACGACCUCCCGCAUACACCUCAACAAGACCCACAAACUCAAAUGUUUGAUGAUGAAAUUCCUUCAUCUCCACCUAAGAUGAUGGACAAUCAACCAAAUGGAAACGGACUAUCAACGGGAUCUCCAACCCAAAACAAAAACAAAAACGACCUGAACAAGGCUAAACGAAGAUACUCUAUAAGUUUAUUCAAGUGGACUCAGGAAUUAUGGGAAAAUACAAGGAAAGAUAUUGAACGAAGAUCAUCAACUUCAUCUUCCGAAUCCUCCGAUUCGAUUUCCAACAACGAAAAUGAGAAGAAUGAUCUUUCCUCUCAUCAAGUUAACGUAUCUGCGAUCCACUAG